GUGGCAGUGUGUCAGUUUCGCUUGGACCCGCGGUCGAUGCCGGCGAGGCGAGGGGGAAGGGACGGGGAGGGAGGGGGGGGGGAUGGGCGCUUCUCCAAUGCAAAGAUCCGACACAGAAUCAGAGCCCUGUAACAUAUACAGCAGUACCCCCUAUUAAAAAAAAAUUGCAUUUGCAAAUACAUGGUACUUUUAAAUCAAUCGAGUUAUUAACCUGGAAUAUAUCGGAGGCAUCCAAUGGAAGUAAUACAUUUGGAAUUAACAGGGGAUUUAACUUUCCCUUUUUUUGUGGGAGCCGCGGAGAAGUUUGUUUCCUACUGCUGGAGAACGAGCUACUUUUAAAGGCAAAGGAUACAGGAGACACCGCGGCCGACGGACGGGCCUACUGGUUUGAUUGGAAUUCAUGUUGGGUUACUCCAAGGAAUUCUAUGAAUUUGCCUCGUUUGUGCAAGAUUAUGAUGCAUCUUUAGAUCCGCUUGGUUGGUGACUUGCUGUUCUCCUCCCCCACCUACCAACCCCCAGCCUCGGUGGCGGUGAAGAUAAAUGCGUCCCCAAUGACCGCACGCCGAGGGCUACGGCUCAGCGGCUCCCCACCAUUGGAGCGGUUUGUCACUGUCGUAGGAGCCCUGUGAUUUCUCUCCCCACUAUUGCCCCCCCCCUCCCCCCACAAUUCCAUCCUGUCUCUCCCCUCCCCCCUCCCCUUUCCCUUCCCCCCUCUUCCCCUUCCUCCCAAGUGUCGCUGUGCUGGACGUCAUGAGCAUAGUAAUCGCUCUGGGAGUCAACACACCUGAAACGUCUUACACAGAAAUGGCUGCUGGAUCAGACCCGGAGUCCGUUGAAGCAAGCCCUGCCGUAAAUGCGAAAAACUUCAACAACCACAGUUGUGGAAGUGCACAAAGUCAUGGGUAUCGGGGCCUACCAUAUGCUAAGCAACAGUCUUCCGUUGUGUGUUGUCAGGAUCACAACUAUGGUGCGCCCCCUCCUCCCACUCCUCCCGCAUCCCCGCUCUCUCAAACCAUCAUUCCUCGAAUGGAUCUCAACGGCGUGGUACGCAGUUCCUGCUACAUCCAAACUACAGAGGACAACUCGGCAGACAGCGAUAGCUCCUCAGAGGAGGACGGGGCUAUAGCCAGCUGGUGUCACUGCACUCUGAUGCCAGAUGGCUCAUUACUCAUUAAAUGUGACAACUGCAGAGGACUUGAUGGGAGGAAAGGAACAGAUGGCCAGCACAGGAAAAAUGAAAACGUCUCAGCUGGAGAAAGCAGUGCCACAGAGAGUGGUGAUGAGGAGGUGUCGCCUUCCACUAUCUCUUACACUGCCACCCAGCAUACGCCCACCAGCAUCAAACUCACUGUCAACAGAGUCAAGAGAAGUAAAUCUAAAAAGAGGAAAAAGAGCACGGAAAAAGCCAGUGGAACACCAAAGGGCAAGAAAGUCAAAGCUUUUAGAGAGGGUUCUCGAAAGUCGAUGAGGAUGAAGAACUCGACGACAGAUGCCAGUGUGCUGGAUGAGAACACGGCAGAGGGAUGGGAGAAUAGAAUCCGCCAGUGGACCGACCAAUAUGAGGAGGCUUUAGCCAACCAGUACAGCGCUGACAUCCAAACACUGCUCCAGCUUCACCGCACUGCCAGCACCGCUGUUGGCAACACAGAAAGUGGACCGAUGAGCCUUCCAUCUACUGCGCAGACCUCUGUCGACGCCAUGGACACUAUCAACCGCACCGAGCUGGCCUGUAACAACACUGUGCUCAGCUCGCAGAUGCAGCUGCAGUUGGGGCGCGUAACGCGUGUUCAGAAACACAGGAAGAUCCUUCGUGCCGCCAAGAACCUUGAUCCUGACAUUCUGAUUAUUGAGUAUCGGGGGAAGGUCAUGCUCAAGCAACAGUUUGAGGUCAACGGGCACUUCUUUAAAAAGCCCUACCCUUUUGUGCUGUUUUACUCCAAGUUUAAUGAUGUUGAGAUAUGUGUGGAUGCAAGGACCUUUGGAAAUGAUGCACGCUUCAUUAGAAGGUCCUGCACGCCCAAUGCUGAGGUGCGACAUAUGAUUGCUGAGGGUAUGGUACAUCUGUGUAUCUAUGCCAUCAGUCAAAUCCCAAAAGAUGCUGAGGUCACUAUUGGAUUUGAUUAUGAAUUCAACAGCUGUAAUUACAAAGUGGACUGCGCUUGCCAUAAGGGAAACCAGAAUUGCCCUGUGCAGAAACACAACAUGAGCCCCAAGGAGAGCUUGCCGAAUUCCCCCUCUGUACCGUCUCCCUCUCCUUUGGUUGGUGCCGAGACACGGCAGAGAAAGGCCCGUAGAAGAGAGCUAGAAGUUUGUCCAGAUAGCAACCAGGCUAUUCAGCACCAAGAGUCGAAAGAGCUGCAGGGAAACAGUGAUGCAGAGGGACCGCUGGAUGAGAUGAAGCUCGAAGAGGCUGAGGAAGGAGAGGUGGAUGAAAAUGGGAUUGUCAUCUCCAAUAAAAUAUUAAACAGUCUGGAAAAGAGGCGGAGAAAGACAGGAGGAGAUAUAAAAGAGGAUAGUGUAGAAAUUGAAGAGGGCACAAGAACGACCCCCAUUCCCCAUAACAUAGGGGUAGGCGUGAGCACACGACGUGCUAGCUAUGUCACGGAAGCACCAUCUAUUGAAGAAAAGACCUCAUUACCAAAUCUGCCUGCCCCACUUGCCCCUCCUAAACCUGUACGCUCUUCUAAGCCUCGUCCCAAGAGCCGAAUGUCUCGGUACCGCUCCAGCUCAUCCCAGCGUGCCAGGCGGCAGCGUCAAGCGCUUGCCCAGCAGGCUGCUGCUGCUGCUGCUGCUGCUGCUGCUGCAGCUCCAUCCGCCGAGCAAAGUGCUGUUCUCGACGAGGAGGGUUCUCAUGGCCCGUAUGGUUCUGAGCUGGGCCAUGGGGAGAGUGGGCUGGCCACUGGUCAUCUCUUAGAUGGAGAUUCCCAGAGUCUUAACUGCAUAAACAGAGGCAACUUGCGUUACCCCAAGACCAAGAAGUACCUGGUGACCGAGUGGUUGAAUGAAAAGAUUCCUGGAGUGGAGAAGAUCCAACAAGAACUGCCUAUUGAGCGGCCACUGCGGAUAACCACUGAUCCGACAGUGCUGGCCACCACCCUCAACAUGUUGCCAGGCCUCUCACACUCAUCUGUUAUCUGCACCACACCCAGACACUAUGUUCGCUUCGGAUCGCCUUUUAAUCCAGAGAGACGCCGGCCCCGUCCACUCCAGAUGGAUGGAACUUAUGGCUGCUUUAAAAAGAGAUGGAUAAAGCAGGUGGAGGAUGAGAGCUGUUCAACCAGUGUGGCGGAUGGCACAGAGUCCACCUCCUCCCAGCAAAGCACCAGCAGCAGAUCCACUCCCAACCCCUUGUCCAGUGAAUUGAAUACACCUUUCAAGAAGCGCCAUGCCAAGUAUAUGACAGAGACGAUACCAAUGUCCUCUGACCAUCUGCUUCGCCCACUGUCACCCAUCACGCCACCCAUUCCUGGGAACCCCCUACUUUCACUGCUUCACACCCCCUCCAGCUCCUUGCUAUCAAAUGGCCUCGCAUACUCACCAAUGCCCUCACUGCCGGUCAGCCGCUGCAACACACCACUGCAAUUUGAAAAUAUAUCAUCCCCUGAGGCAUCACCUGUUCGCCGGCCAGAGUCCAUCUCUCCUGAGCCAUGUCUUCAGACAGACUUCGACAUCCCUCGUACCCAGUUCCCGGAUCUUUCACUGUCCAGCUUAGAGAGCCCCAUGGCUGUGGCCUCAGAUGACUUUUGCAUUCCUGGGUCCUCUUUAACCAACGAUUGCCAAGACCCAUCUGUUGGGAUCAAAUCCUUAAAGCCAGUGUCAAGUUCCACCUUAGAGCAAACCCUCCAAACUAGGGAACAGGCCUUCAGGACAGAGUUCAACCUCAUAUACACCUGCUCACCCCUCAAUGCAAACUUGGGAAACACUGUGCCCACUGACCAACGCCUCUCUCGAUCAGAUGGGGGGUUCUCUCCGGCAGAGUCUUUACAUAAUUCUUUGACUGGCCAGGGGCUGUUUGGGGACGUAGGGCCUGGGUGUAUGUCACCAUACAGUGAUCUUCAUUAUGGUGGCGGCUACCCAGAGAGUAGCACAUCUCCUCACACCAACAACCCACCACAAAAAAAGAAGAGGGCCAACCAGCAUACCAUUAGUCUGCUGACAGGGAAGCCAGAUUACCAGGCUAUAGCUGUAAGAAGUGAAUACAAGGCAGUACAAAAUAUGGUGUCCUUGUUGGAGUACCGUAAGAGGAAGCAAGUUAGCAGCCGUGACCCCGAGCCAUCCAGCUGCAGUUCAUCCAUGGGUAGCACGCCUACUCGACCUGGCUCUCACCACAUCCAGGAGACUCAUCAUCCCCUUUACUUGAUGCAUCCCCUCGCAUCCCCACACAACUGCACGCCUUCAUCAGGACACAGUGGUUCCAUCCCUCAGAUAGAGGAGGUCAGUCCUCCAGACCACCAGGGCUCAUCUGUGCAGGCGAGCCAUCCAGAUAGGAACACCCAGUGGAUGGUGCCCACCAGUGUCGAACGUCUCCGGGAAGGUCAAGGGGCACUGGAGCGAGUGCUGAGAAGCAUGAAGAUGGAGCAAAUGCUCAAGAGGAGCAACAGUUCUACAGAGAGAGAAUCUGAUGCAGAUCCAUUUGACAUGCAGUCAGUGACCAUUCCUUCACCAAUGAAAAGUCCACCACACAGAUACAGUCCAUCAAUGUAUUCACAUCAGUCAUCAGACAGACACCUGCAGACCGACAGUCCAUCGUUGCUUCAGCAAACUCCCACCUCUCCAUUUGGAAGUUGCUACAGCCCCACAUCAGGCCAGAGCUACUACUACUCCUCCUCCCACACAGGCCCAUCUCAGGACCACCCUCCAUCCUCCUAUCCUGCUCAUACCCCGUCAACUUCAUCAGACUCCAAGCUGUCAGGAGACUUGUUACAUCUGCAGAGGGGCAACAGUGAUGCAGAUGGACCCCUCAGCUGCAGCAGCCACCUAAAAGUGGGCCAUUUGAACAGGAGUUGCCUCGUGGGGUCUCCUAUCCCAGGACCGUGGGCUCAUGAGUUGACUAACACAGACCUGAGCUCCACGGCACCCAGGGGGAAUCAACAGCAGGUUUCUCGAAACCUCAAAUCGGGCACCCCUAGCUCAAGGCUGCUGUCUGCCUCUGGACCAACAAACUACUCACAGCGAGGGACAAGCCUCAGUCAGUUCCAGCGCUCUCCACUACAGGGCCCUGGUGUGCGGACACAGUCUGGAAGCUUCUAGGACCUCGUCUGUACCAGCCGGUGCAAAUCUAUAAGACCCAGUAGUGAUUUGGGGCACAGGUACUUUGGCUAGCGGAACUGUGUAAACCGAAGAGGAGCACGAACUGAUUUAUAAAUUUACAAACCUUUUUGUUUUUCUUUUCUUUUCUAACAACAGACAAACAUCAUAUUCUGCACGAAGCCAGUUGACUUUUGACAUCAUAUUGGAAUCAGUGAACAAUUUGAAUGACGCACUGAAAUUACUAAAUCAUAUCUAACUUGAAAUUGUCCCCAGAGUUUCCUCGUGCUGGGUUUUGCAAAUGAGUUUCACUAACUUCCACGCAAAUGUCUGUACAAAAUGAUGAGAACACACCCGGUCGUUGUGCCCAGGUGGGUUAAUUACUUGAGAGGCUAGCAUAUCGGAAAGAGUUGUUUUACUUCAUUUUCUUCUUUUGUCACCAUAAAUCUUAUUUGGCAAAGAGCUGUAUCAAUGCUGCAGUACUCAAGCGUUGGGAUGGGAAAAGGAGAGUAACGCAUUAACCCCGACGGGAGUAGGAUCCCUGGAUAGGAUCAUUCCCUAUUAUUACCAGCUCCGGUUUUGAUCUCCUAGCAACACGUGAAAACAGAUGUUUUUCUUCUUCCAUGCUUUUCCACCUUUCAUGUCAUUUUGUCACGCCCACUGGUUAAUUGUCAGUUGACUUGGGACUUCAUUUUAGACAUGCAGUGUUGUACUUGAGCCAGCUUAUGAUUUAUGGUGCUGAAAUCUUGUCUCCCCCCCACCCCCAAUAAAUUUGGACUCAAGCUAUGUCCUUUACAUAUGACUUAAUUCAUCCUGUCAUUGUACUUGGUCAAAUCUGUUUUCUUAAAAUGGCAUUUGUCAUCUGUUGUGGUGGUGGAAUGCUGAAAAAAAAUCUACAAGUAAACGAUCCACUCUGCAAGCGUGGGCUUUGAUUGUUUUUAUGCUACAGGGUUUCUUGAAAUAAAUAGACACACAUUCCCCAGUUGCUUCGACACACCUGUAUACACUAUAUUUCGGCAUAUCUAAAAAGAAAUUGCUAUUGAAUGGUGUCAAUGUGUAGCUAUUUUUCUGACCAAACCUUGCAUUCCGUGCUGACACCAGGGAGGGUAUUUGUAACAGCGUUUGGAAGAUGGUUAAAAACUAGAUUUAUUUUUGAAAAAUGCUGCUAUGUUCUCCUGUGAGAGCUGCUUCCCUUUCUGUAGAAUGCUGUAUUUUAAUACCGUUUCCCCAAAAAUGGACUUUGGAAAAGAUGGUCGUCGACCACGAUGGAAUCUCAAGUUUGGCUAAUAGCCCAACCGCAGCAAGUGUCACCCGAUCUCCUCUUGUCACCAGAGACUCACGGUUAGCGAUAUAGGCGAUAACUACUGCAUUUGUGUGGAAUACCUCGAAAUGGAGGGCCCGGUCAAGUAGCAGGAUCCCAUCUGCCACUAAGAUACACCAACACGCAAAAGGGUACUCGGGUUACAUGAAUGUUUUGACAGACAAAAAAAAAAAAAGUUGUGAUCCAAAAUGAACCAGCACCUUAAAGUGAUACAAUUUAAAAGACCCAAUAGGACAGUAUGUAUGAAAUAUAAGAACUUGUAUAGAAAGAAAUGUUAUAUAGACUUUUAUGGAGAAAUAUAGUACACUGAAUUUAUCGCAUGAUAUUUGUUUUUUGGGUAUGUGUGACCAGUUUUGCCAGUUGGUGGGAAGUUAAUCAUUGGGUCUAUUCUUGAGUUCCCUUAAAAAAACAUGCUGCGUUACUUUAUUUUGUGGUUUUGUAACAAUUAUUUUUGUUUUAUUUUUACAAGGAUCAUAUUAGUGACUAUUUCAAUUGUUCCCCUCCGAAAAGAUUGAAGAGGCAAGAGAUGCUAAUGCAAAUGUAAUGCAUUUUGAUAAUAAAAUAAUCAUGAUGGUAAUGUAUUUUAAAACCUAA